AUGGCACGGAACUUUGAGACGAUGGCGGAAAUACAGUCAACUUCGUGCAACAACAAAUAUAAUCAAGGCGAAUGGCCCGAAGACUACGACUACGUGAGUUUAGAAUCGAAGGAAGCCUCGGCCAAAUCCAACGCCGAAAUUCACGACUCACUGCCGCAGGAUUUGAAGAAGAACUGUGAGAACGUGCGAUCGACGCACAAUCAGCCGCCGAAGUUUUUCCUCGCCUACGGAAAGUUCGUUGUGCUGAGUGCCCACAAUUUGGUCAACAUCGGGAACGUUGUGCAUCGGAACGCGUCGCGGGAGAACGUUAAAACGCGGAUGCUGCAGUGGGUAGAUUCCCUGUCCGAAGCGCUCAAAACGUGCGUGGUUAAGACGAAGAAAGCGGCCCAGCACUUCUCCAGUGUGACGGCCGUCCAGGAGAUGGUCGAUUCAGUGGUGGACAUUUCGCAUCUGGCUAAAGAUUUAAAGAUCGCCAUGCUGAACGCGGUGCAGCAGUAA